AUGAAUAAAUCCAAAACUAGAAGGAACGCAACGAGGGCUUGUAAUUUAUGUUGUGUUUUAAGAAAGAAAUGCGUAUUUCACCCUUCGAGUCAGAAGUGCUUAAGAUGCCUAGAAAAAAAUGAGACUUGUGUUUUUACGAGAAAUGGCUGUAAACGUGGACCAAAACCAAGAAGGUUUACAGCUCUACAAAUUCCACCGGAACCAGAAAUAAUUUCAAUUGGACCUCAACUACUGGAUAGGAUGAGCUUUAACUCGGAGUUUCCAACCGAAAAUUCAAAAUUUUGCGCAAGUUGCCGUGAGCAAGAAAAAAGAUGUACUUAUAAUUGUGUACCAGGAGAGUUUAGAUGCGAGCAAUGCAAGAAAAGCAAAAAAGGAUGUUUAUUCCAAUGCAUAAAAUGUUAUAAAAAGAACAAUUUGCUUUCAUCUUGUACAGACUGUAAGGUUACUAAGGAAGAUCCACCAGAAAGUCAACAUAGAAUAAUCAUUGAUCCUGAUACUCAGAAGCCUUAUCUUCAGCAUUUCAAUUGUAACCAUAAGAUCGAAAUAACUCCCACUUUAAUAGAUGCUAUGACAAAAUCAUAUGAGGCUGGGAGGGUAACAGAUGAGGCGAUUGAUCACGGCGACUCGGAUAAUGCGAAGGCUCAAGUAACAGAUGGUGACUCAUAUGAUACUAUUAUAAAAUCAUAUGAGAUGGCAGGCCAUUCCAACGCAUGCAUGACACCACAAUUAACAAUUAAUGACUCGUUAAUAUUCUGUGAUACCGGCUUAUCCACGUUGGAACCAGAUUGGAGCAAUUGUAACUCUAUAGAACUUUUCAACCAGACUUCUAAUGAAGGUUUAUCCUAUGGGAAAGAAUUUAUUAACCCAACUUCUUAUGAAUCGGAAACUAAUUUAGAAACCGAAUUUACAGAGCUCCUUCAGUAUGAAUUUAAUUCCAAUUUUUCAUUCUCUCUAUCUACCACUGAUAAUUGA